AGUGCGCUGAUAAAAAUAUACCUACCAAACAUUAUUUAAAGAGACACAGUAUGAAUUUACUUGUAAGCAAAGAAGACAAUUCUCGUCCAUCCAAUUGAUUUUGUGAAAGAUGACAGUAAAUACAACGAGGCGGGCAAUAAGAAAAGAACUAAAACGUUGUGCUCAAAAUGUGUGCAGUGUAAAAACUUUGAAGAAACGACUGCCAGUACUAGUAUGGCUACCAAAUUACAGUGUCGAUUACUGCUUCCAAGAUAUAAUAGCUGGGGUGACGGUUGGUUUGACAGCAAUACCCCAAGGAAUAGCCUAUGCUGUCAUAGCAGGAUUGUCACCUGAAUAUGGACUGUACGCUUCGCUAACAUCUGGAAUCGUUUACAUGAUAUUUGGAAGCUGCAAAAGUGUAACUGUUGGACCAACAGCAAUACUCUCGUCGAUGGUUGCAAGAUAUGUGGUCGAUUAUUCUGCAGAUUUCGCUAUAUUAGCGUCUUUUCUGUCUGGAGUAGUGCAGUUACUCCUUGGAAUCUUUCGAUUAGGUUUUUUAAUAGAAUUUAUAUCAGUGCCAGUUAUCAACGGAUUUACUACAGCCGCCGCUAUGCAAAUUGCUGCAGCUCAACUAAAGUCAUAUUUUGGAUUACAAGGACCAUCAGGAAAUACUUUUGGAGAAUCAGCGUAUUAUUUUUUUUUAAAUAUCAAAAGUGCCAAACUUUGGGAUCCAAUAUUGAGUACACUGACAAUAAUAGCGUUAUUGUUACUCAAAAAGAUGGGAGAUGGAUGCAAGCGUUCAGAUAAUAUUAUUAGACAACUUCGAUGGUUCUUCUCUUUAUCUAGAAAUGCGAUUGUUGUUAUUUUUGGUAUGAUAAUAGCAUAUAUUAUAAAAACAACUCUGUAUAUCGAACCUUUGGAAUUAAUUGGUGAUAUUGGCAAUGGAUUACCUGAAAUUGGUCCUCCGCCAUUUUCUACUACUGUUGGUAAUGAAACUUUGAAUUUUAUAGACAUGUUGACAGUUUUGGGAGCCAAAUCAAUUGUUCUACCUUUAGUAGCCGUUCUAGAAACAAUUGCAAUAUCUAAAGCUUUUGCCGAUGGGGACCCAGUGGAUGCUACUCAAGAAUUGAUUGCUAUCGGACUGUGCAACGUUGUGGGAUCGUAUGCUAAAAGUAUGCCAAUAACGGGAUCUUUUACUAGAACUGCAUUAAACUAUGCUUCUGGAGUUCAAACUCAAGCUGGUGGUGUGACCAAGAUUCUCAUUAUUAUUGCUGCUUUAACAAUGUUCACUUCUACAUUUUAUUACAUACCUAAGGCAUCAUUGGCUGGUUUAAUUAUAACAGCUAUGUUUUCUAUGAUAGAUUAUAGUGCAAUGAUAAGACUUUGGCGACACACGAAACGCGAAUUCUUCCUAUUUUUUAUAACGACAACAUUUUGCCUAUUCAUAGGUUUAGAAUAUGGUAUCUUAGUUGGUAUUUCUAUAGAAGCAGCUAUGUUACUUUAUAAGUCAGCACGACCAAAACUUAAAGUUGAACAUAUGAAAUCUGUUCAAGGUGAAUUACUCAUUAUACCUUUGAGUGAUAGUGUAGCUUAUUGCGCCGCUGAACAUGUAAGACGGAUAGUGAUAACAGCAUCAUUUAAUUCUGAUAUCGAAUCAGUUAUUGUCGUUGACGGAGCUAAUGUCAAAAGAAUGGAUAUCACAGCUACUGAGCAUCUAAUGUCAGCAGUUAGAGAUUUUGAAAAAAAGUCACGCAAAAUUAUAUUUGCUAAUUUCAAUAGUGAGAUAAAGAAUCUAUGUUUAGACAUCAAUCCAAAGGUUGCCAGUUAUUUUGUUACUAUACCUAAUGUGCUCGACAUAGCUGAAGUGAUACAAAAAGAAGUAUGAACGAUUUAUCAAAACUCAUUAUUUUAAAAUGUUUAAUUUCAUAUCAUUAACAAUAAUAAAGUGGGAUUAAAUAUGUCAUUAUAUGUAAUUAAGUUAUUUUUA